AUGUCUCACGCGCGAGUCGAAGAAGUCUCCGACUCAGACCCGGACGACAUGGACCCGUCGGAUUUCGACCCAGCCAAAGACUCAAUCAUAUACCACAAGGACAUGGAGGGCCCCUCUGCCGGCAGAAGUAAUAGUAGCAGCACAAUGCCCCUUCGCCCCCCAGCACGCCCGGCCGCCGCCUCCUCGUCCCCGUCUCCGCCUCUCUUCCCUGGCUCGCAGCAGCAGAUGCGCCGUCCCACCAUCGCUCAGGGCCGUGACAUCCCACGCUCAUACCAGUGUCUAUACGCCGUCUACUUUGACAAAUCGCGAACUCGCGCAGAGGGUAGGAGAGUCAGUCGGAAGCUAGCUGUGGAGAGCCCGUUGGCAAAGGACAUCCUGGACGCCACGCAGCUGCUCGGGUUGAGCGUUGGGUUCGAGCCUGAUAAACUGCACCCCAAGGAUUGGUCGAAUCCCGGGCGUGUGCGUGUCAUGUUGAAAGAUGAGGAAGGACGACCGGCGCAUUCCAGUAUAAAAAAUAAACAUCAUUUAUAUACUCAUGUUGCGCAGUAUCUACAAUCGCACCCAACUACUGAACAGUCUCCCUUCAGACUGAGGUUACAGGGUAUGCCUGUGCCAGAAAAGCCGCCAGGGCCGCCCGCCACACCGCGAGGAUGGAAAAUCAGCAAAGUCUUACCAUUGCAUUCUCCUGCGUUGACCGGCGGCGGAGUAAGCGAUAAUCCAUUCAAGGAGGCUAUGAAGGAGAUGCAAGCACAACAAGGUCUUCCGGGAAUGCCUGGAAUGCCGAAUAUGCCUGGUAUGCCCGGAAUGUCAGGACCGGGCAACGCACCGCCAGAUCCCAAGAAGAAGAAGGACAAAAAGAAGGGGAAAGCAUAG